GUUCCAGAUCCACAACAGACCAGGAUUCCACAGUGCUGUGAGCAUCACAUCACACCGAAUAGACAUGGAUUACAUUAUUCGCGCAGCCAACGUGGAGGACUGCAAAGACUUAACACGGAUGAUCAUGGAAUUGGCUGAACAUGAGAAAGUCACAGACCAUGUGAAAAUCACACAGAAAGACUUGGAGCAAGACGGCUUCUCCAAGAACCCGUUCUUCCAUGGAAUCAUUGCUGAGGUUCCUGAACAGCACAGAAGCAAAGAAGGCCAUACGAAGAUAGGAUACGCACUUUACUUCUAUUCCUACAGCACAUGGAAGGGCAGGGCUGUGUAUAUGGUGGACUUGUACGUGAUGCCUGAGUUCAGAGGGAAGGGCAUUGGUAAAGCACUCAUGAGCGAGGUAGCGCAGCUGGGCCUCGCUGCCGGCUGCACCAAGCUCAACUUUAUUGUUCUUAACGGCAACAAAUCGUCUCUGGACUUCUACUUCAGGCAGGGCUGCUCCGACGUCACGGCUGACUUGGGCUACCACUAUAUGAGCUGCAGUGGAGAGGCUUUGGAGUGCCUGGCCCAACCUUAACCCGACACCGGGCUCAUGACCUCUUGACUUUUGUAACCAUGAGGUCGAUUCACACAAUGCGGGGCAUUGAGUGAGCGCCACUCAGAAGCCCUGUUCCAAAUCUUGACAAUCAUAAUUAUCAUGCUGAUUUCUCAAAAAUCUAAUAUAUUUGAAUAUGACCGUUCGCUAAGCCCCACCCUCCUUAGUUACUGUUGCUACGCUACUGUCAAGCUUUCCAUUCUGAAACAGUUCUGCACCACCAACACAUCAUCAUUCAGAAAUUAAAUGAUUUUUUUUCUGUGCACAAAAAUUCAGAAAAAGCUUUUGCACCCUAAAGCCAUUGUAGGACUGUUGAUUAAAAGAAAAGAGUUUCUGGUAUUACAUCACUUUAAAGUUAUGAUCCCCUUGUCUUCCAGCUGAGGAGCUCUUGUGAAGCACAAUGUUGCAUUUGCACUAUUUUCUUCUUUUUAUGCUGUGUACGUACAAAGAGAGUUCUCGUGAUAAACUGUGAACUAAAUGAAUCCAUGGAGAUGCUGUACUACUGUAUUUCUGCGGCUCCCACAUACAUCUGAAAAUUGAUCUAAACAAAGCUGGUCAGCAGAACUUCAAACUGCACCCAGAGACAUAGCAAGAAGUCUAAAGUCUCACCAGGGGCCUCUACAGGCUGCAAUAUUUAUUACACACUACAACAUUAAAAUGUUGGAUGGAACAAACAUACUGAUGAUUUUGCUCUUUUUGAGAUGUAGGAUAACAUUUUGUGUGUUGUUUAAUACAAUCAUACUUCAGUUUAAUUCCUUUGAAGGUGUUCAGCAAAUUUCAUGGUAAUGUUAGGGAAAUAAUUGCAUUAAUCAUAUGACUGUGUGAUCACCUAUGUAUGUGUAAUCAUAUAAACUGUGUGUUUAAUCUAUGUAUGGAGGCUGAGUUCAGCUGUGUGUGAAAGCCUUGACAGUGAAUGGCUGUAAAAGGACAUGUACCCAUUAGGAAAGAAACUUAAUGAUCAACAGUUUGGUUUUUUUGGAAAGGUCAUGGACAGACAUCCAUCUGAGGAAAGCUAAGACAAAGAGCAUGAACAUAACGUGCACAUAACUUUGAUUGAAACAAUAUCACUUCACUCUAAGUACAUGAGAACAGAACAUACUGGUAACCACUGUAGCAUUAUUUUAACCAAUAUGGAGAUUCUUCAGUCAGUGUCAGUGAUAUAUGACGCUGGAAAACUUGUCCUUGAAGAUUUCAGAACCUGUUGCCUGCGUGACUAGCCAUAGCUGAACACAGCCUUCCUUAUCACAUCUUACCAAAUAAGCAUUCUUGUGUGACCACCUCUUUGGUAUGAAUUUAAUCCUCACUCUCAUUGCUAUAGUGGGUGUGUGGCCCAUACAUGUAUGUUUUGCAUGAUUCAU